AUGAUCUUCACUCCUCUUCUGGCUCUGACUUUCGCAGCCAUUGCACCGAUAGUCAAUGGAUACCCCAUCACCGGUGAUGAGGUGAACUGUCGCUCUGGUCCCGGAACCUCCUACUCUGUAGUCAAGAGCUACAAGAAGGGAGCCGACGUUGCCAUUUCCUGUCAGGCUGCUGGAACAGACGUUAAAGGCGACAACAUCUGGGACAAGACAGCCGACGGUUGCUAUGUCGCCGACUACUACAUCAAGACCGGCAGCUCCAGCUACGUCACCAAGAAGUGUGAUGGCAGCGGCAGCGGUAGCGGUAGCGGUGGAAGUCUUCCUGGUUUGACCUCUACGCAGUCCAAGCACGCAAAGGCCAUCAUCAAGGAGGCGAAGGAUCUGGAUCUAGGGCGCCAGGGCUGUCUUGCAGGCAUUGCAACGGCGCUUGUCGAGUCCAGCAUUUACAUUUACGCUAACAAGAAGGUGCCUGCGUCUCUCAAGUACCCGCAUGACAAGGUGGGCUCGGAUUACGACAGCGUGGGCAUCUUCCAACAGCGCGCUGUGUACUAUCCCGACAUUGCGGCUGAUAUGGAUGCUGGAAAGUCAGCGGGCCAAUUCUUUGCUAAGAUGAAGGGCAUCAGUGGCUGGAAGUCUAUGGAGGUUGGCAAGCUGUGUCAGAAGGUGCAGGGCUCGGCGUAUCCUUCGCGGUAUGCGGAGCGUCUCUCUGAGGCGAAGGAGAUUUGUGCUGCUGGGGGCUUGUAA